AACUGAUUUAUUAAAUAAGUUUUGCUCCCCACUGUACAUACAAAUGCAUAUAUGUAUGUAUAUGUAUUCUAGAAAAUUUGCUAUUUAGUGGCAAAUAAAAUAACAACUGAAAUCAGUUAACGUUUAGACAUUUCUCGGAUAGACAUUUCUCAUUCAUGCAUACUUGUACAUUCAUUCAUAGAAUCGCAUGAACUGCAGCGUGUGAUACAACCGUUAAUGAUUUGUUAAAUUCAAAUCGCUGUAUGCAACAACAAUUUGGCGUCACGCGUGGUCGAGUCACCAAACCAUAACGAUUAGGGGCAAACGGAACGAAGUUAAUAUUUAAGUAAUUUAAUUUAAUCGUUCCUUCAAAAUAGGUAAGUAUAGCAUUAUAUACGUGGUAAAAGUUUUCAGGUACACCCUUACCGAUUCAAUUAUUAAUACGUACAUUUAAAUAUUCGUUGGUUAAUUUUAAUCUACUCAAGUCUGAUGUUGGUGAAUGUAUACAUAGAUUAGUGGAUUUAAUGCGUAUAAACAAGAGCCUAGGAAGGAAAAUUGUCGGUAAUAAGGAUUACUUCAGAUUUAACAAUAAAAAUAAUUUUUUUCUUUUAAUUUAUAUAAAAAUGUGAUUUUCAGAUUAAUUUACACACUUUUUAUAAGCCUGCGGUUUAAUUGAUACGGGGUUAGCAUGCAAACUUGUUGACAAUUCUAAUUUAUUUUAUUUUAUAUGUGUAUGUGUAUGAAAAAGUUGUAUACAUACAUAUAGUAUUUAUGUACAUAUGUACGUUUAUAUGUGCGAACUAGUAUAUUUAGUUUGAUAUAAUUAUAUUAGUAUGUCUAUAGAAAACAAAGCCAGUGCUAAAAUCAAAUAAUAUCGCUUAGUUUAACUUUAUAAGCAUGGAGAUUUUCCAGAUAUUUAUUAAUGAUAUUUGAGAUAGUUUUAAGUACAAGUGUACAUUUCUAGAUACUGUGAGACAAACACUGUUAAUAUCUUUGUCGUAAGACCGGGUGUAGCGCACAGGCCGUUAAUAUCCGAAUCACGCAACACACAUGCAUAUGUAUGUGCAAAGGUUUGUGUUUUCAAAUAAGUACAACCACGAUAAUUUGGUUCAGUUAAUUCAAAUGUGAAUGCAUAAUUGUUGUUGUCCACAUAGGUGUAGUAAUGGUUGUUAUUGUUAGUGAAGUUUAAAAAAACGAUUUGCUCGCCAUUAUUUGCAAGGAGCCACGAACACGAAGCGACUAAAAGUGUAGGACAAUCAGUCAAGUUACAAAACACCUGUCAGUCAUAGUCAGUAAAGAACUUAAAACACAUACAUUAUUCUCAAUCGGCGGAGUAUCAACAUUCCCUAAAGAACUUGAGAAGUAACCUUUUACGUUACAACAUGAAAAUAGACUUAAACGCAUAGGCACAAUGACUUCAAAAGUGACAAAUGUCUCGGCAUCCCAAGCCACUGCGUUAAAGGGCAUUAUACGCAACAGUAGUUAUGUCAUACCAGGAUUAUACGACCUUAGUGUGGAGGAUACCAACUGGGUGUUGACUUCUUCAUUCAUCAUUUUCACAAUGCAAACUGGGUUUGGCAUGCUUGAGUCGGGUUGUGUUUCAAUUAAAAAUGAGGUCAACAUCAUGAUGAAAAACGUCAUUGAUAUUGUACUUGGCGGCUUUACCUACUGGCUCUUCGGUUAUGGCAUGAGUUACGGCCGUGGACCACUUUCGAAUCCAUUCAUAGCAGUUGGAGAUUUUCUACUCGAUCCACCUGUGGGUGAUCCUUUAAUGGGGCAAAUUUUCGCUGCAUUUUUAUUUCAGUUGUCCUUUGCCACGACAGCAACAACGAUUGUAAGCGGCGCCAUGGCAGAAAGAUGUAAUUUUAAAGCGUACUGUUUAUUUUCGUUACUAAAUACUGCUGUCUACUGUAUACCCGCCGGUUGGGUGUGGGGUGAGCAUGGCUUCCUUAAUAAUCUUGGAGCUGUUGAUAUAGCCGGAAGUGGACCCGUACAUUUAAUUGGAGGUGCAGCCGCAUUUGCAUCUGCUGCCAUGUUGGGUCCACGUUUGGGUCGCUACGCGGACGGCUACGAUCCUCUGCCACUUGGCAAUCCUGUGAAUGCAUGCAUGGGUCUAUUUGUGCUCUGGUGGGGAUGGCUAGCUUUUAAUUCCGGCAGUACCUAUGGUGUAAGCGGUGCCAAAUGGCAAUAUGCAGCACGUGCUGCUGUCAUGACUAUGAUGGGUUCAUUUGGUGGUGGUAUUAUAAGUUGCGCGUACUCGCUUUGGCGUCAUGAUGGGCGUAUGGACAUUAUCGAUCUUAUUAACGGUGUACUCGGGUCACUGGUCUCAAUUACGGCUGGAUGUUUUCUAUAUCGUGCUUGGGAGGCGCUAGUCAUUGGGAUGUUGGGUGCCUUACUUUGUGUAGUCGCAAUGCCGUUAUUCGACCGGUUAGGAGUCGACGACCCAGUAGGUGCGAGCUCUGUUCACGGAGUUUGUGGAAUUUGGGGUGUUAUCGCGGUCGGACUUUUCGCUGACAACCCUGUACCGUUAGAUACAACAAAGGGACGUUCUGGACUGUUUAAAGGUGGCGGUUGGUACUUGGUUGGCAUUCAGAGUUUGUCGGCAUUGUGCCUUGCCUGCUGGGGCAUUUGUUCAACGUUUCUACUACUUUAUAUUGUCAACAAAUUUAUACCCUUGCGCAUGGAUCCAAACGAAGAAUUGCUUGGCGCUGAUUUAAUGGAACACCGGAUUCGUCACUCACAAAUCGGUUUGUCCCGUGCCAUUUCGGCACUAGCACCUAUUAAGGUGAAUCUCAAAGAAGUCGCCGGAAUUCAGCCAAUUGGCCUAAAUCCAGGUCAUGAGAAGAGCAUUGAACAGCUACGCGCUGCCGAAGACAAAUUACUAGAAUGGCAGCAAUAUCUUGAACAAAUGGGUCCACAUUUACCAAAGCAUGUGCAAGAACAAUUCGCCACAGAGGAGCACAAUAUACUUAAGAAGAUUCAUACUUCGCCCGACCCCAAGGCGCAAACGGUUGGCAAUGCUUUUAGCCACAAAUUAAAAGCGGUACAUAUCAAGAAAGACCCGGACCGUAAUGCGCAUACUCAAAUUACUCCCGGCUUUUAUAAUCCGAACAAUAAAGAAUUACCAGUGAUUUCAACGAAACAAAUUGACAAGGAUAUCAAUUUCGCAUGGAUCGAUUGAAUCAGGUAGACAACCUAACGAAAAAAUGUAUUUAAAAAAUUUCGUGCAAUAAAGAAGAUAUUUACAAAAUCAUUAUUAUUAUUAU